UCCUCCCCAUUGGCAUUGAUACCAUUCAUGCCAUCCAAUGCGCAUGUGCAGGAUUUUGUUGUUUAUCGAUUUUUAGCAGCACAUCGCACACAAAAAAAAAAAACAGCCUGAUAAGAGUUUUUGUAGAUACCGAGCGCACAUCACGCACACAGGACGACAAAGGAAUUUUCUCAUUUGUAAAUUUUUGCCACAAAAACAACAAAAAAAAGAUAACAAAAAACGAAAAGCAAGUUUGUUUUGACAAAAUGCAUGCACGAUUUGCUGAUUGUGAUCCAGCCUCGGAUGAGGAUCAAAUUAAAACGCAAACAUUGGAGAGCCGCAUUGGGGAAUUCAAACAGAAUCCCCAUAACAUGGCAAUACUCAAUGCCAUGCUUGAUGAGGUGGUUAAUUGUGCUGAAAGGGAGGCCAAUCGCUUGGCUGUCGAGCAACAAAAAUCAUCAUCAUCCUCAUCAUCGCAACAGGGCAAGGAGAAGCGUCCGAGUUUCGCCAUCCCAGAUUUUAAGAACGGCAAGGUGGUGAAUCGAGCUCGCGGAUUUGUAGUGCGCAUCUUCGAUGCCAUUUGCAAUUGUGCUAACAACAAUGCGGCAGCAGCCACAACCCGGUUCAAGCUGCGAAGCAACACCGGUGGAGGAACAGGAGGAGGUGCCAGCGGUGGCAUUGGCAAUGGUGAACGAGAACGUGAACCCGAAACCCUGGCCCUUACCAAGAAGAAAUCCUCAUCGGCGGACGGGAAGAAAAAAUCCAAGGGUGUCAGCAUGGCCGAUGAUGUUGAAGCUGGAGUUAGGCUAGUCGAUUAAUGGAAGCAAUAAAUUUUGGUAUACUCGACCCAUAAACAUAUAUAGAAAGUAUUAUAAUCACAAAAUCAUAAAUGGAUUUGUAUGCCAUAAACUUGAUACGAAUCUGUGAGCUGUAACAAUUUUCAAAAUCAAAAUCAACUAUCAAAAAUACAUACUUAUAUAUAUGUGUAUUGUAUUUUCUGAUAACUAAGACCAGAUCCUAUAUAUAUUUAUAUAUAAGCAAGCUGUAAGACACUGCAA